AUGGGCUCCCAACCGAAUUUUCACUUAUUUGGGGACUGUUCAAUCGAGGCCCCAAGCAAAGAAGAGUUCGACAAGAUAUCGGACUACAUACCUCUCUUGAACGCCUUUGAGGCGUCGCUCAAGACUCGAGUGAAAGAGAUGUGGGACUUUGGAACUGCCUUCAAGGAGCUAGUUAAAGAAGAUACUAAGGUUUGGAAGAGCCUGGGAGUAGACCGGUCACCUCAUUUCGUGCAGCCCAGCGGCUCACUCAGCUCUGCUCUUGCUAUCCAUCUUUACAACCCGAAUUUUUUUGUUGCAGAUCCACAAAGUACCGUGACUGACGACCCUACGAACCCGACAAUUCGCUUGCUAUAUGAGUGUGGUCUAUCAUUCGAAUACUGUUUUAUGUUUGACGGAAUCUAUCGCCGUGAGCGAACCGAUGAUUGUCUUCUUUUCUACACGGAGGAUCCGCGCCGUCCCCACCGAGAAUUCAUCCAAAAGAUCCGAGAAAAUAUGUCGGCAGCUGUGGAAAUCUGCCUUGGAGAAGAAGUUUUCAAAGAGAUACGCAAAACUGCUCGUUUGGAUCUAGCGAUUUUGAUGGCUAUCCAGCUUGCUGGGCUACACCAUCGAAUCAAGCUCAAGCCUAAUUUUUUUGAAUCCAAUUUCGUCCGAGGCAAAUAUUCUCGAUUAAGUCCUAAGCAGGACUUGGAAAGACGAGACCAUUUACGAGAGGCUCUAGAUGCCUUCCGGGUAGCAUUUCCGAAAAAGUUCAAAGAGUUCGAGCUCAGACAGUCUCGCAGAAAAGAAGAGAAGGAUCUACUAAAAGGAAUCAAUGAUAUCCCAUCUGGAUCCAUAGUGCCCAUGCAUACACAUCCAAAUGGCCCCAUUUCUGAGCGAGAACAGGAAUUUCGUCUGAAUGCGAGAAAUACCAAAUUUUGUUCUAUAAUUGCAUCUUUUGAGCAAGUUAUGGAAGACAUGGAUCCUUUUCACUAUGAGGCGAGCGAUGAUUAUGUCGAAUCUGAGAUUUUCGACUAUGGGGAUAUUCCGACUCCGCUCCAAUUAUGGCUCCAGUCCCAGGAUGGUCUGAAGAUUCAUGGCCGCAUGUCAAACCUCAAUAAAUGCUCGGCUGAAUAUCUCGCCUGCAUGGUCGGAAUCAUGUACAUCCGGAAGAUCACUCGAGCUGAAUCAGGAUUGAAGCAAGUCAAAGCAAUACCGGGAGAGCCUGGAAAAUUAAUUCACCUGAAAUGCAGUGGUUGCCAGAGGCCCGUUCUGGAUGACGCUUUUCCUUUCUUUGUUGCGGAUUCUCCAGAUUGUUAUUUCAUCGAGGUUGCUCGCAGUGCUCAAAAAGGUGGCAAUGGCUGUGGGCAAAAUGGCUGCAAAGGAAAACCAGGUCUUAUCCCUGUUGACCACGGGGCGCAGGGCUAUACCCGUAUGGAAACGAGGGCCAUUGCCCAGACUAUGCGCCGCAAGGCAAAUUGGAAGGCACCCCUAUGCCGCACAGGAAAGGAUCUGGAAGGGUGUGCCCAGACUGUUCGUGUACGCUGCAGAGGCUAUGGCCAAGGUAACCAGAAGGUAGAAUGCGGGCGUGAAAGAGACUACGACACGCCAGAGUGGACGAUUCACUCGCCCGCUCGCCUUGUUCAGCCUCGGCUCAAAUGCGAUUGCGACGAAAGGGUUAAAGAUCACUACUUCGAGCCCGUGGACAAGAAAAUUGACAUGAUUUCUUUCACAAGCUUGAGGAAAAUCUAUCGGGGAUUUUUGAAGGCAAACUGCGACUUGGCUAAUUACCCUAAGCUCCCCGACACAAUCUUUGACCUCGAGCCAAAUGGGGACCCCAAGAAAAAGCAGAAGAUGUAUCGAGAAAGGUUCGAAUGCCUGAAAAAUGCCCAAAGGGCUUUGACUGGCUCGAAUUAA